AUGAAGCCAACCAGCAGAAAUACGCAUCGCUCGGGUUACCUAUCCUAUUUUCUGCUCGAAUCCACUUUCCUCCUUUUUGCGGAUUUUGCCCAUUAUUUUCCUACUUGUUGUUAUAUACCUUUCUCCGCAUAAUCAUAUUCUAUAUAUAUAUAUAUAUAUAUAUGUUGUUGUUCGUUGUAGAUGACUUUUUGACUACUUCGAAUUUGAAUUUGCAAAUUAUAUAGUGGUAGACGGUAUCUGACUGUCGAACGUGGAGGUACCACCCGGCGGAUCUCGUAGGCGGAGCCAGAAUGUGUGCAUGUUGCAUGCACACGUGUUCCCUCGCCAGAGUCCAUGUG